UGCUAUAUUUUGACUACUUGGAGUUCGCUCGUAGUGUCUGACAAAACGGGAUUGUCCUUCGUUUUCAUCAAAUUCUCCUUGCAGGAAUACUUCCAUGUUGCUUCAGCAUCUUCAGUAACAUGAAAAGAUAACGCAGCAGUUUCAUUUUGACAGGCUUCAAAACAGGAGUAUAUCCUCUUUUUUUUCUUUUUCUCUUUGGACUUGAAGUAGACGCAGUGCUUUUUGCGUCUUUUGCAAUGUGGACCGGUUUUUAAAAGCAACUUUUGAAUGCUUAGAGGAAGCUUUUUCUACUUCUGGCGGAACUGUUUGUUGACUUUUUAAUGAGAAGGAAUGGCCAGCUUUUCGCUGUAGCUCCAUGUAAAGCGUUUUUUUCCCCACGUCCAGCUCUUGGCUUUGGGGACGAUCGUGCUGCAAGUUGCGGACACACAAGCGCGUGUUGCGCGUCAACUUUGGCGUCAAUGGAUCGUCACUUCAGUCUUAUUUCAAUUUGGCUGCAACUGGAACUUUGCGCCAUGGCUAUUCUUCUGACAAAAGGAGAAAUAAGGUGUUACUGUGACGCGCCGCACUGUGUGGCAACGGGCUACAUGUGCAAGUCUGAGCUGAACGCCUGCUUCACCAAGGUGUUGGACCCACUCAGCUCAAAUUCUCCCCUCACACACGGGUGUUUAGAGCCCAUCGCCAACGCCGGCGACAUCUGUAGCAACCAGAGGGGCGCAGACGGCCUCGCUGGUGCCGCCACCCUGGACUGUUGCCAUGACGACAUGUGUAACUACAGAGGCCUGCAUGACCUGGCGCACACAAGGGACUCCACAGAUCAUAACCGGUACCAGCCGGAGAGCAACAACAGGAACCUGGUGACGCGGGUCCAGGAGCUAGCCUCGGCUAAGGAGGUGUGGUUCCGAGCGGCGGUCAUCGCAGUGCCCAUCGCGGGCGGCCUCAUCCUGGUGCUGCUCAUCAUGUUGGCGUUGCGUAUGCUGCGCAGCGAGAACAAACGGCUGCAGGACCAGCGGCAGCAGAUGCUCUCGCGGCUUCACUACAGCUUCCACGGCCACCACGCCAAGAAGGGACACGUGGCCAAGCUGGACUUGGAGUGCAUGGUGCCAGUCACUGGUCAUGAAAAUUGCUGUCUGACUUGUGAUAAGAUGAGACAGGCGGAUCUCAGCAAUGAUAAGAUAUUGUCCCUUGUCCACUGGGGGAUGUAUAGCGGUCACGGCAAACUGGAGUUUGUAUGACUUCCUGUUCAGGAGCGACCCUCAAGUGUUGCAGACUUUUUUUUUUUUUUCUAACUCUGGAAAAAAAAAACAUUCCCAUAUUUUUCUCCCGUUGGGUCUGUGUUUUCAUUUAUUUUUACCAGUGGCAAAAAAAUACGAGACUGAUCUCAUGCCGUGUGGUUUUUGCGAGAGGAGCACUUUACUUGAAAAAUGAAAAGGCAAAGCAGCGAGGAGCCGUGUUUAAACCCGAGAGGGCGGGACUGCGAGGGUGCAGCGAGAGCACCCGAGGAUCCUGGACUUGUACACUGAGCGCUGAAGGAUUCCACAUCAAUCCGAAUUUUGCACAUUUGUAUAAAGAAAAAUGUUGUUGCUGAAAAAAAAAAAAACUUUUACACUGACACCAGGGUACAAGAAUUUGAGGAGUUAAAAAUUGACUGACACACUCCUCUGUGUACAUUCAAGUUUAUUGUAAAUUUUCAAAAAUAUAUAUAUAUAUAUUUUGUCUGAUUCAAAACCGACCAGUGUGUCUUGUUUUAGGUGAAUGUUCUACAUCGUUCCGUGUGAUCGGAUUUUGCUUGAUUGUGAGUGUGAAAGACUUCAUUAAAAGUGACUUUUUAUUUAUUUGA